AUGAACGCAGCGACAAACAACACCACCGCGGCGGGAAGUCGCUCCUUGACCUGCCUGGAGACAGAGUUACGUAACGCGAUCUACAAACACUUCAUCGACCUUAACACAUGCGCGUGUGACACCAACGCCAUUAACCUACUGUGGGUCAACCGGCAAAUUCGCGCCGAGUUUAGAUCGUUGUACUUCAGUCAGGGCAAUGUAAAAGUUUACUUCAACGACGUCGCAAGCUUCCUACACGCCUUCAUCCUCCCUCCUGCGAACUUGGUGUGUGAGGAGGUUGCUUGCAAGAUCCGGGUGGAGCUCCGCGGCCGCAAAACAGACGACGUCGAUUGGCAAUCCAACCUGGUGGACGUCAUUUCGAUCAUGCGACAGUAUCCUCUGCUCAGUAUCAAAUGGAACUUGGUCCCGCCUGGCCACUCCGAGCCCCACAAUGACUUAGGUCUCGCUGAUUAUGUGUGUGUCCUAAAGGAUAUGGAAGAUCACGAGUUUGAGAAGAUAUCUUCCAUCCGGCUUCUUCUUGAUGAUGAGCCACUGAAUGGAUACAUCUACACCAUUCUGACACAACUGCGCAACGCCGUCUACAAGUACUUCAUCGCCCUCGACCCAUCUCUUGACGAGAGUAUCCAGUUCCUCCAAGUCAAUCGGCAGAUCCGCUCCGAAUUCGGGUCACUAUACCUGAGUCAGGGCAACGCUAUAGUACCUCUUGACUGCCUCAUACCCUUCCUGCGCGACACCUUCCAGCCUAUCGCUAGCCAGAGACCAAAGGACUUCACUUGCAGCUUCCUUGUACAGCUCGACUGGAACGACCUCUGUUGGCACAGGAGCUUCUGGGACCUCGACCUCUUUGAAACUGUCGCAUUCAUGCGUGGAUAUCCUUUACUCGACAUUCAGUGGGAGCUGGACCCUAAUGCCCGCGAUAGACGCUCUAAUCGCUGUAACCGCUCUGCCUACUCCGGCCGCCGCGACCGCUCCGAGGUACCUGAAGAAGAAGGAACCGAUGCCGAAGACCAAGACGAAGACCGAAACGAAGACCGAAACGAAGACGGAGACGAAGACGGAGACGAAUCUGAGGAGGAAGACUCUGAGGAAGAAGAGAUAGCGAUUCCGAGUCAUUCUGCUCGAGUCACUUUCAGUGUUGACGACAUAGACAUCGACGCACCCCUGUCAAUACUCAGAAACCUGGAGGAUGAGUUGUACGCGAAGUUGGCUGCUAUUGAUCUGUCUUUAUCUGUCAGGCCACCUUUAGAUGAGAGGUUCAGUGCCGGUCUAGUAGCCUAUCUUGACAUCGCUCUGAUGGCGAACUGUACGGAACAAGACUUCGAAGAUUUUGGACUUGGUAUUGAAUGCGGAGGUAUCAAAGUGCGUUUUCAUAUUGCGCAUGAGCCAGAAAGCGAAUACAAUGUCUCCGAGAGUGAGGAAGAUGAGUAG